GUGUUUCUUUAAUGUUGCUCACAAGACGCAGGUGAAAUACGGGGAAUCGGAGUAAGGUUUCGAAGUUUGUGCCAGUUAAAGACAUUAUUUUAAAUGUUUUACCUUAUUGUUACAUUGAAAACAAUAAACAAUUUGUUUUCAAUACAUCCGUUUGCCGAACAUUUCUCUGGCUAAUUACCUGUUACCUGGCAUUUCAAUAUUUGCAAUUGGUACGCGAAGCUGGCUAACGUUAUUUGGGAGCUAUGUAGUAAGUUAACGUCGUUCUCGCAAAAUAGCUAGCUACACCUGCUGACUAACUAACAAGAUGGGAGCCUAACAAGUAAGAGAGACAUUCGAAGCAGUGAUCAUGGAUAACCAGCCCUUGCGGUCUCCAUCCUUGCGCUUUGGCCAGGUGGUUAUAGGACCUCCUGGCUCUGGUAAAACCACAUACUGUCGGGGGAUGCAGGAGUUUUUGGGCCACUUGGGACGCAAAGUAGUUGUCAUUAACAUGGACCCAGCAAAUGAGGGGCUCCCAUACCCCUGUGCUGUGGACAUUUCAGAGCUGGUCACCCUGGAUGAUGUGAUGGAAGGAUUGAAGCUGGGGCCUAAUGGUGGACUCCUGUACUGCAUGGAGUACCUGGAAGCCAACCUGGACUGGCUGGAAACCAAGUUAGAGAAAUAUAGUGACAGUUACUUUCUCUUUGAUUGUCCGGGUCAGGUGGAGCUGUACACUCACCAGAAUUCUGUAAAAAAUGUAUUUGCUCAGCUCGCCAAGUGGAACUUUAGGUUGACUGCAGUACAUCUUGUAGACUCUCAUUACUGCGCAGACCCUGCCAAGUUCAUCUCAGUGCUGUGCACAUCCCUGUCCACCAUGCUGCAUGUAGAGCUGCCCCAAGUCAACGUCCUGUCCAAGAUGGACCUCAUCGAGCAGUACGGAAAACUAGCAUUCAACCUGGACUUUUACACAGAGGUUAUGGACCUGACAUAUUUGCUGGAUCACCUGGCUGCGGACCCUUUCUUUAGGAAGUUCCUCAAAUUGAAUGAGAAAUUGGCAGAUGUCAUACAAGACUACAGCCUUGUUUCUUUUGUACCUCUCAAUGUGGAGGAGAAAGAGAGCAUGACACAGGUUCUGCGGACAGUGGACAAGGCCAACGGCUACUGCUUCGGUGACCUGGAGGAGAGGAACCUGCAAGCAAUGAUGUCAGCCGCUGUGGGAGCAGACUUCCAGUUCAACUCAACUCUAGGAGUGCAAGAGCGGUAUGUUGGAGAUGGUGAAAAGACUUUGGAGGAGGAGGUGAUGGAUCUUUAGAUCAUCAGACUCCAUUGAUGCAACUAAUCUUUGUGUGGCUUGUACUGGCCUAGCAAUGGACUCUUAGCAGUAACUGUACCUUGCCAUCGAAAGUGACAGAAAUACUAACUGCAGAAGAAAUCUCAUCAAAAACAUAGGAUGAACUCAAGCACAGCAGAACCAUCAGUGCUGCAUGUGGUCCUUGAGAUCCAUUUUAUUCAGGCAGUUUAUGCAUUAUUGGAUGUAAAAUUUGUCAAAUAUAGGAGUGUUUUGUCUGAAAGAGUAGUAGGUUGAAUUCUAACCCAUGUUCCAGCACUACUUUUUGUCUUUACUGAACCCCUAAACAACCGGGAAGUUAUGUGACAGUGUGGAGAAUAUAGGAUUUCUUUCCCUCUUUGAUCACUCUUUAAGCUGGGUACAUGCAUGAGAGGAUUGCUACCCUGCAAUCCAAGGUUACUGGAUCAGUCUGGGUGUCUUAAUCCUAGUUUUCGAAAUCACUAUGUUUGGUUUUUUUAGUUGGAUGCAACUGCUCCAAUCUAAUUGUGCCAGUGAUAAAUCCAAUGUACCGUAGAUUUGUUAUAUUUUGUAAGGAGAACUACCCUGACCUGUACGGGCAGUCUUUCAAGUCUUUCAGUGUGUAAAUUUGAAAAUAGGGUACAAGUACAACUUUAAAACAGUUUUUUCUGCUACUCACAUUUGUGUCCAAAUCAUGAAUUGUCAACAUGCACAAUAAAUAAAAACAUGUAUUUCGAAUAGACUGUUCAGAAAUGGGUGUGCACUAUGUGUAAUACUCUUUGAUGAGGAGCUGGCCUAUCAGAGUUCUCAAAAAGUAUCAUCUGUGCCCUUCGCUGUCCACGCUGAUGGAUAUUUUUGCUGAUAUGUGAAUGCCCACAGCAAUACAACAGAGAAACCUUGCUUUUUAAUUAAAUUAAAGAAAAAUAUUUGAACAAAAAUGAUUUCACUCAUGUAAGUAAUAUCUGGCCAUGCUACAUGGGUGUCUGGAAACAUUUCGCAGUUACUUAAAAGUUGUUUUUAUUGUAUAUUUUUUUCACAGAUUUGGUGACUUUGAAGUUUGUCUUUCAUGCAUGUACAUCAAACAUUUAAACAGAUGUGCCUUCUUUUA